GGGCCGAGCGCUCCCCGUGAGCGGCGGGGCCGGGCCGGGACCCCCGGGGGGGACCCCCGGGCCGGGACCCCCGGGCGGGCCAUGGCGGGGAGCGGCGGAGCCGGGGCGGCCCCGCGGGAGCACCGCCUGCAGCCCGGGGACACCCUGCCGGGGCUGGCGCUGCGCUACGGGGUGACGAUGGAGCAGAUCCAGCGCGCCAACCGCCUCUACUCCUCGGACACGAUCUUCCUGAGAGCCACGCUGCUCAUCCCGGGACACCGGGACACCCCCGGGGACACGGCCGGGGACACCCCCGGGGACAUUCCCGGGGACAUUCCCGGUGACAUUCCCGGGGACACCCCCGGGGACACCCCCGGGGACCGGCCCGGCCCCUCCCGCCGCGACCUCUCGGCCUCGGAUUUCCUGCGGCGCUUGGACGCCGAGAUCGGGCGCUCCAAGGAGGCGGCGGCGCAGCGGCUGCAGGGCCGGAGCGCCAGCCCCGCGCCCGCCGCGGGUGGCCCCGGCCCCGCGUCCCCUCGGGGGGCUCGGCUCGGAGCCCGGCCCCUCACCAGGACCCCGCGGGCGGCCACGCUCCGCGACGCCGAGGAUGAGAUCUUCACCUUGUGACAGCGGGGACAGCGGGGACAGCAGGACAUUGGGGACAGCAGGACAUUGGGGACAGCAGGACAUUGGGGACACUGCAGUGGGACACUGGGGACAGCAGGACGAGAUCUUCACCUUGUGACAGCGGGGACAGCGGGACAUUGGGGACAGCAGGACAUUGGGGACACUGCAAUGGGACACUGGGGACAGCAGGACAUUGGGGACAGCAGGACAUUGGGGACACUGCAAUGGGACAUUGGGGACAGCAGGACGAGAUCUUCACCUUGUGACAGCGGGGACAGCGGGGACACUGCAGUGGGACACUGGGGACAGCAGGACAUUGGGGACAGCAGGACGAGAUCUUCACCUUGUGACAGCGGGGGACAGCGGGGACAUUGGGGACACCCAGGACAUUGGGGACAUUGCAAUGGGACACUGGGGACACCCAGGACACUGGGGACACCAGGACAAGAUCUUCACCUUGUGACAGAGGGGACAGAGAGAACCUGAAACCUGACCCUGGGGACACCCCGGAUGUGACACUGAUGUCACCAGGGAUGUGACCCAGGAGGUGCCACCGGGAGGUGCCACCAGAGGUGACCUCGGAGGUGCCACCAGAAGUGCCACCGCUCCUCACAGCCGUGAGCCCCGAGGGGACAUGGGGACUUCGGGGAGGUGUCCUGGUGUCCCCUCCCUGUCCCAACUGGGAGCCACUGGGGACAGGGACAGGGACGGGGACGGUGCCACCUCCCCCUGCCAGCUUGUAAAUAAACCAGAGCAUUGUCA